AACGUAGAGGUGCGCCCAAAUGUCUAUUGGAGCCCACACUGGGUCUUUUUACUGGGAGUUCACAGGAGGUGCUUAGCUAGUUAUUUAGCUAGCUAGCUAGCUAGCUAAUAGUGUGCUAUAUAUAUAUACUUUUUUUAUAAGAGCCGUUUUUAAUUCAUUAGCUGCGGCCGACUUACAUUUAUCAUGGAUAGUAUAAAGGACGGCUGGUUCACAGAAACAUGUACACUGUGGCCUGGGCAAGCAAUGAGUCUUCAAGUGGAAGAGGUUCUGUACCAUCAAAAAUCUAAAUUUCAGGAUGUAAUGGUUUUUAAAAGUAAAACCUAUGGGAAUGUUCUGGUUUUGGAUGGCGUUAUCCAGUGUACUGAACGUGAUGAGUUUUCCUACCAAGAAAUGAUUGCCAAUCUUCCUCUGUGCUGCCACCCUUGUCCUAAAAAGGUCUUGAUAAUUGGUGGAGGAGAUGGAGGAGUCCUGAGAGAAGUAGUGAAGCACUCCCUAGUGGAAUCGGUGGUCCAGUGUGAGAUCGACGAGGAUGUCAUUAGUGUGUCUAAGAAGUACCUUCCUGGGAUGGCAAAGGGCUUCUUCAGUCCCAAACUUACUCUGCAUGUGGGAGAUGGGUUUGAGUUCAUGAAACAGAAUCAGGAUGCGUUUGAUGUCAUCAUUACUGAUUCAUCCGACCCUGUUGGGCCUGCGGAAAGCUUGUUUAAGGAGGCGUAUUACCAGCUCAUGAAAACAGCCCUGCGAGAUGGCGGGAUUCUCUGUUGCCAAGGGGAGUGUCAGUGGCUCCAUUUGGAGCUGAUCAAAGAGAUGCACACCUUCUGCAAGACCCUGUUCCCUGUGGUGGACUAUGCAUACUGUACCAUCCCCACCUACCCCAGUGGACAGAUCGGCUUCAUGCUGUGCAGUAAAAAUCCUGUGACGGAUUUCCGUCAGCCUGUGAGAGAACUGCCCAGAGAUGAACUGGAGGGGAUGAACCUGAAAUACUACAACGCACAGAUCCACAGUGCGUCCUUCAUUCUGCCCGAGUUCGCAAGGAAGGUUCUCAGCGAAGUAUAAAUGACUAUGGAGACAGAUGCAGGCUUCCACGGCCAGAUACACGCCCAAGAGCGCUAACAGAACAGACCCCCUCACAACAGCCGCAGUACUUGAACCUUCUGUCAGUAGCCCGUCUCUGCCCUGUGCCACCCACCAACAGGGGGGGGAGGUUUCUGCUGACGACCAGCUCUGACAGGGCACGAAAGACCUGUGGAACUCAGAAAGCGAUAGAUUCCAUACUUCCUUCCAGUCUUACAUUUUAUUUUUUGUAUAUAUUUUCUGUUGUCCUCGUCGAUUUAAAAAGGAUCGUCUGCAUACGCCGUACGAGCUGUGAGACGUGGUGGCGCAGUUGCAGUUGAAAUGUGACCCACUUCAUACCGUGCUGUGGGCCGGUGUGGAACUGAAACGCCUCUCCAGCGGCGCACGUCAUUGUUACAGAUUACAGUAAAUUACAGUGUUGCUCACAAUCUGCCGCUCGGUUUAAUCCUCGAGAGAAAGCGAGCUGCGCUUAAAUACGUCACGUUCCCACCGGCUCUGUGUCAUAACCACUAUUUACGACAUUAAAACCUAUAUCUGCAAGAGAUGAUUCUCAUUGCGUAUUUAAGAUCCAAAUGACUAUAGUAAAUCCUUUUGAAUUUAAUUUCUUUUCUUUUUAAAAAAAAUCUAUAAACAGAGUUUUAGUGCAGUGGGAUAAUGUGUGGAACUUGGCCAGAGUGACAGAGUGGCCAAUAGGAACUGUGCAUGCAGACCGCAGUCACACAGAUCAUGCUGUAAGGAUAGCUGGUGAUACACAGUGAAUCUGCUGAAGUGACUGAUUUGAAACUGGGCCCCUUUUCACUCACAACAGCUCUUUGAACGUUGUCACAGUGUGAACGUAUAACAACCGUGAAACAUAUUUUUGAAUUUCAUGCCAAUUCAGAGCAGAUAUGACUGCUACGUUUGAAGUUACAGGGAAGGUUUCAGACUUCACUGACUGGGCCGGAUUUAAAAAUAACCGUUUCAUCAAUGCUAGCGUCCUGGACGUAAUGAAAUGCAGAUUUUUUGCAAUUGACUUACUGGUCUUAAUACCUUAUUUUCUGUGCUAUUUAACAAUGAAGUUACAUUUGUUCAGCAUCAUUCUGCUGCCACAGUAUGCCAAGUCUGAUUGGUUUAAAAGAAUGUUGCAUCAACUAAUGGUUCAAACAAAACAUUGUGCAGUUAUUGAAAAACAUUUUUUGCUGCAAAUUUGCAAGGUUUACCUUGCAGUCUAUCUACAGGGAGUUGAUGUUUCACUUCACCGUAUCGUGUUUUACCGCCCUGUAAAAUAUGGCUUAUCAGUCAAUUUUAUUAACUGGAAAUCAGAGGCUUUUUUUGUGCAUUGAAAUAAGUGUGCUUAGAAGGGAAUUUGGGGUUGCACUUCAAUCUUACUGUACCUGUGCAUGUGCCAGUGGGUAUUCUAGGAGCUGUGUACUUCUUGUAAUCAUAUUUUUCGGUUCACAACAUUGUAAAAUCCUAGAACCAUGUUUUCAAAUAAAAUAUGUCCCCUACUCACUAA